CGGCACGCAUGCGAGUGUUGAUAACGAAACGUCAAACUUCAACCAAAACAAAAACGUGCGUGCUGAUGUUUUCCUGAAAAAAUAACUAAUUUUUACCAUAAACAGUUUGCAUUUAUUAGUUUUAAAUAUAGGUCGCCACAAUAUGGACGGAAUCAGUUUUGAUUCCUUGACUUACCUUCCGGACGACUCCUUCGUGAGUGAGUGCAAUGAUGACUUUGGGGGCAUUUGCGAGGACAUUGUCCGGCUGGCCAGCGCAACCCAUCUGGUGGACCAGCUGGAGCAGCAGUUGGACAACAGCCCGCCGAGUAGCAGCUACUACGCUUCGGGGCGGUGCUUCGACAAGGAGAUUCCGUCGUUGUUCUCCGAAAUGGAAUAUUUGACUGAGGUUUCACCGGAAACGGAAAUGGCACUGAUGCCGUGCCGGGACGUUCCCGUGUCGGUUGACCCGAGUGAGUUCUCGUGGAAGCGGAAGGAACAGGCGCAGCAACCCGACGAACACCCCGGACUGAUACUUAGCGAAGAGGCUUUGGUUCCAAGUGGGACUGAGGCGAAAGAGAUUCCGGCGGGACCGGAAAGCCACCGACGACACCUUGGUGCCACAACGAACUACCGACUUAUCCUGCAAAACUACAUCCAGAAGGGCAAACGAAAGCUGGAGGAAAGCUCGUACUCCAAGAUGAAGGCGACCGUCGUCAGCGUCAAGGCCGGAACCAAUUCUACCUCUCUGAUUGAAACCGUAACGUGCGCUUCCUACGUGAACCCGUGCCCGAGUUCCACUGCCAGCUUCGAGUCGUCCUCGUCGGCGUCUUCCUCCUCCGCCGAAGAUCGUUUGCCAGAACCUGCCCCGCUUCCAAACUUCCGCUGCCACGACUGUAACUCCUGCUUCCUGUCCGUUGAGCGGCUAAAGAAACACACCUGCAUCAUCGCCGAACAGUACCAGUGUCAGCUUUGUCGGCGCGAGUUUCGCAAGCGGAAAACCCUCGAGCAGCACAUCAAAUCCCAUGACAAGGUGUUCUCCACGGACGACGAUCUGCGCAAGUGGUAAAACGCCACCGGCUUGGCCAGGGCAGGCAAAUCAUCCUUCGACAACUGCUGUAUUAACUAUAUGCGUUGUAUUUCGUAUAUAAGAGUAUUCAUGUAUGUAUUGUACGUAUGUGUGUGUGAUGUAUGUGUCUAUUUUGAGUGGACGUUAAACUUUCAAUGUGAGGCUGAAUAACUUUA